GAUCACGGGAUUCUCUCCAACCGGGCCUUAUUAAAGUUUUCAGUUGUUCUAAUCUAAAUGGAGAAUAAACCAAACAAAAGAGCUGAACUACUUUGGGAUCUAGUGGAAGAAUUUGGCCAAAUUUGAUUGCAGUGAUAAUUAAUACUUAUUCAGUGUUCAGUGAAAAAUUCCCUAUGUUCAAUGACAAUAAUUACGAGCUAUUGGCUCUGAAAAAUGCAAAAUUGACGGAAAUUGAGGACUAGGACUAGACAUUAACGCGAUGACCCUCGUCUACUAAUGCAAUAAAAGCAAGAAAACAGACCUAGGGAAAGACUAAUGGCAAUCGGACAAGAAUGUAGUCUGUGAAUCUUUCAUUCAUGUUUAUCGUUUUCUUCGUGUGUGAAUAAUUGUCAUGUAAUUUCAUCGCCUUUCCCUCAAUUUAUUUGGUGCACUCCUAACCUCAACAAUCAUUACGGUCUGAACGUAUUUGUUCAAGUUGAAGAAUUGUUGGUCAACAUAAUUACUGUUGAGGUAGGACGAAUGGUGCAAUUUCUCCGUGGAAGAAGGGAGUGAUGGUGAAUAAAAGUGGAGUUGUGACGAUGAACCACGAGGAGAGCUUAUCAGGUUGCAAUAUUUGCGGAGGGUCCCACGAAACUCAGGAUUGUUUUUACCUACAGGGCUGUCAACAUGUUCCCAACACUCCGAUGUUAUCUAAAGCUCGUCAAACUGUCCCUCCAGAUCUUGAGAUAACAAAAAUGGCCGAUGGCACGACGAGCAUCAUCACAAGACGCGUCUUGCCUCGAGGCACAACCUUCGGUCCAUUCGAGGCGAAACGCAACUGGAUGAUGAAUCCCAUGACAUACUUUCCCAUUCGCAUAUUUGGCUCCUCUCCAUCAGAGACCUAUCACCUGGACUACUCCAGCGAGGAUACCAGCAACUGGAUGUGCUUCAUUGCUCCAGCUAGCAGUGCCACAGAGCAGAAUCUCAUAUGCUAUCAGCUCAAGUCCAAUAUAUUCUACACAGCGAUACGUGAAAUAAUUCCUGGAGAGGAGCUGCGGGUGUGGUAUGCCCCAUUCUACGCUACUAAAAUGCAAAUGCCCCUCUACAACGUCGACAUCAUCUCCUCGGGAUUUCCAGUUCCUGCACAAGACCUGCAGAAGUUCUCCUCCGAUGGCACAACUAAUCACGUCGAGACACUGAACAAAGAGAUGGCUCUGAAACUCGCUGAGCGUCUCCCCGCCCAAGAAUUAGGAGCUAAGGACGAUAAAACGACCUGGAAUUGCAAGAUUUGUGCGGUUGUUGUGCAUUCGGUACCCUCUUACGCAAAACAUCUAAUGGAACAUUAUAAAUCCCUGUUGGGAGCCUUCUGCACCCUCUGCAAUCAAAAAUUCAGCAGGUAUUCUGUUUUCCAGAGACACCGAGCGAGAAAACAUCCGGAGUCGGUGACCGAAUCUUUCGGUAUUUCAACAUCAGACGAUCCUCGACAAGAAAAUGAACAAAUAUCAUCCACCAAUCUUCAUAUGUUGGACACCAACUCCCUGACCGUCAAUGAUCUGCUUCAGAGCAAUAAUUUGAUCGAGACUUCGCCAUUAAAGUCCAUUCUGGAGAAUCAAGGAUGUCUAAGUAUUACUCUGAAUCCCUUGACAGAUUCAAUUCUAGCCGAUAACUUAUCAUCCUCUGACCCCCCCAAAUUCAACGUCGACGACCUGACAUCAGAGUUGUUAAGUAUGACAAAUCAUAGUGACCGUUUAUCCCACCAAAUCAAUAACCUGGAUUGUGAUAUUUGCGGAAAGAAAUUCGAUAAAGCUGAGUACCUUUAUCGUCAUCUUCGGAAACACACCGGAGAGUUUAUUUGUCCAGGUUGUCUAGCUGUUUUCGCCAGAAAAGAGAAUCUGCUAUCCCACGUUUGUUCAUCUUCGACGAAACGUGAUGGUUUUGAAUGUCCCUACUGUCAAAAACAGUUCGCAGUUAAGAAAUAUUUCAAGCGACACAUGAUACAACACUCGGGCAAGAUCUACUGCAAGUGGUGUCGUAAGACAUUUCUAUGCCAGUUGGAGUUGGACAGUCACCAAUGUCCAGCGCCUCGACACGUUUGUCCAGAUUGUGGAAAGCGAUUUUCACAUCGAGCUCAUCUUCUUCGUCAUGGAAAAAUCCAUAACGGUCUGAAGCAAGUGGCUAAGAACAUUAAAGACAAGAAAAAAGGGAUCGAUGAGAAGCCCUUCAUAUGUGAGAAAUGUGGAGAUGCUUUCAAGACUCCUUCCAUCCUGAAGCAACACCUUCGAUCUCAUGGUGAACGACAAUUUGAAUGUGACAUCUGCCAGAGAAGAUUUCACAGACUCGGUGUUUUGAAACAACAUCGAUUCAUUCAUGAACAUGCCCAGAUACCUUGUCACGUUUGUGGGAAAAAGCUCAAAUCGAAGAAAGCACUUGAUGUUCAUGUUCUCCUGCACGGCAACAAGAAAUUCCACUGCGAAAAGUGUGAAAAAAGCUUCUUCCAGCGGUGCAAUUACCUGAAGCACUUCAAGCAAAUGCAUGGAGACAAGGUAAUCCACAAGUGUCCACAUUGUCCUCUUCAGUUCACCAGCAAAGCAAGCUACACUAAACAUGUGGCGAGUCAUUCGAAACCAGCAGAGUACUCCUGUGGAUUAUGUCAGAAGAAUUUUCAUAGACAGUAUCAGUUGAAUCGUCACAUCCAGACGAGUCACAGUGGAAUUGUCUAUCGAUGUCCCUAUUGCCAGAUGACUGUUAGGUACCAACACAGCAUGCGGAGACACUUUCAGAAACAGCAUAAGGAUCUGAGUGAUGAGUGGAAGAGACCUGGUUUUGUUAAGGGGUUAGAAGAGAAAAUUGAUGAAGGUGAGGAUCAGAAGGAGAAGGGGAAUGCUGGAGGAUGCGAUCAGGAGGUUCUACCGAGUGUUCAAAUACGGGAGUGGGAGGAACCGGGAGUUCAGUUGCCGACGGAGGAGGAUAGCAAGAUUGAGGAGGUGCCGCAAUUGCACAUCAAUAAUACUGAUCUUCAGCUGGCGGAGAUGGUGCUCAAUAAUGCGUAUGUCCUUGACGAGGAGGCUCAGAAUAUAAUGUAUUAUAUAUUGGACACUGGGGUUAAUGUCGAUGGAUAUUAGAGGAAAAGAUUCCAGGGUGGGAAAGGCGCUUGAAACUGGAGGUCUGAUUGUCUACUGUCCUGAAGAACUGAGUUGACAUGGACUUAAAGUCCGCAAUAAUAAUUUUUAUAAGGGAAAACAAAUUAAAUUGAAAAGAGCAAGACAAUGAAUGAGAUGAACAAAUGCUGGUAGGCAAUUGCGAGGUAUAACGUACUCUAAAGUGUCAUAAUCAAGAUGCUGAGGAGGCUACUCUUUCUUUUUUGUUAGAGAAAGCGAAUUCUGUGAUUGGAAAGUCAAUUUAAAAUGUAGAUCUGCUCGUAUACUCUCCUGAGGAAGUAAUUUAAAAUAAACUCAUGUUUCGCAUCAAGAAUAGUUAAAAGAGCAAGAGAAUAAAUGACACGAACAAAUGUUCCUAGACAAUUACGAGGUACAGUAGAAUCUAAGGUGUCAUAAUCGUCAUACUGAUGAUCAGGAGGGAACAUUUUUUUAUUAGACGUUAAUGUAUUCAAUUGAUCUCGUGGAUUUUCGAUGCAGUUUGACCAAUGAGGAGAAGGAAAACUCUGUGAGACGAAGGUCAAUAAUCAGUGAACACGUUAUUAAUACUUAUAAUGUCACUUUAUUAUUAAUAGAGUGCGAGUCGUAUAUUUGGGGGGUUAACGGGUAUUGCAAAAAUCGAAAAAACAGCUGGACUCUACACCACGACGUUCUAGACCAGACUAGCCUGAGGAACAACGCUCUCGAGAAUCGAGAGCCACCCGGAGGGGGAGAGGAGAAAAUCAAAUUCGUUUCUAGAGCGUUCCAUGAGUGUCUCGCCUCUGAUUGAUGACUAGAUUGACCGCAGACCUGCGACGAACCACUUCAAUAUUAGAUAACGUGAAUGUAGGGAAAUAGUUUCGAGUGAUUCAUCAAUUUGUUAGUCAAAUGUUUAUUGACAUGAUAAGAACAUUUUUUAAAAAAUGUAUCAACUUUUAAUUUACUGAGCGUGUUGUUAAGCCACGUCAAUGUAGAUGUGAAUCAUCGUGAGUUUGUGGAUUGACACAAUGAAAUAGUUUAUUUACUUCUUCGAUAAAAUCUGCAGGUGGCGAACCCCAUUGAUGUGCUAAUUCGUCGGUCGUCGGUGAUGAGCUUCAACUACAAAUUGAUGGCUACAAAUUUGGAAGGACAUGGAAACGUUCGUUUUCGAAAAACUAUUGACGUAAACAUGUCUGGCCGUUAGCUUCGAAGCCGCUCGAACAACAUAUUUUUCUAUAAAUCGUGAUGCUCUCUUAUUGCCCCACAAGAAAUUUGUACUGACGGAAUUUCACUCUCGUCCUGCGAGAACUGCGUAGCUCAGGCAGAAGGAGUCGUAAAAUACUCUUCUCCCUGGAGGACAUUUCUUCGUCGAAAAGAAAUUCCCUUGCUCUUCACGGACCAGCUCUUCAAAAAGAGGACAUCUAUCAGGAAGGAUUUCUUCAUCAGAAUGAAUGAUGAAUAUGUACCCUCAGGAAGUAUGUCAGAUAAUCGUUCCUGAAGAGAUUAUUACGCAGCUCUUUCAGUAGAUGAGAAACAUCUACGCAAAGUAGAUUUUGAAGUCUUCGAGCAAAUAAUACGGAGGAUCCUGUGAGACCAUGUGAUUCAGAGAAAUUUCAUAUAAUUUUGAAUAUAUUAUGAAAAAUAUUUGGAUGCGGAUUCCAGAGUUACCAGAACUGCACCUUAUCAUAAGACUGAAGCAACUGUGAUACGUUCAGAACUUACAGAAAAUAUUUAGUAAAAAUAAAACUUGAAUUGUAAGCGCAAUUGACUGAUACAGCGCUGGAGGUGUGAAAAUGUUUGUAAUUUAUUGUCAUAUGACCGUCAUUUAAAUUUUAUGCUGACAUAGGUCAUGACAUUGAAUGGAUGAGUCGGAGACGAGCUAUAAGGAUUGUACCCUUUAUAGUAAUAAAAUUCAGAUUACACUCGAAUUAUUAAUUUUGAAACCGAGUUGAAUGUAUUUUUUAAUAUUCCAAUAAUAAGCUGAACUAAUAUUUAAUUUGCAUCGUUUGCUGGGACUCCAGGGGUGGCGGAAAAAAUAUCCUUCGAAGAAAUAGAAGCCCCUCCCCCCAAAUAACACCAAAAUUAUUAAUUUAUAUUUUUAAAAACUGUGAAUGUGGUGAAUAAUUUAAUAAAAAUAAAUUCUUUUUUUUCGGAAAUUUUCAUUUGAAAUGAAAA